AUGGGUCGGAGUGAAUUUGUAGUGGAAUAUGGGAAGGCUUCCGUUGGUGAUGAGAACGAAGGGGGUUGCAGCGAGAAGAAAAAAAAGAAGAGGAAGCGAGAAGUAGGCCGGGACGAGAAGGAACUUGAGAAGGCGGUGAAGAAGGGAAGUACACUUAGCGAGGGCAAUGAAAGCGGCGGAGGUAAGAGUGUCUCAGAGGUCCCCCAGAUUGUCGAAGAUGGAGAUGGGCACAUGCAUGAUGGUGACUUUGAAAACAUGGAAGAAAGACUGCAGAUCCAAACAAAGAAGAAAAUGAAUAAGAAGCACAAAGAUUUUAAGAAGAUGGAUGAUGUAGAUACGGCUUUCUCAGCAUCUAAGCAUUUUGCAGACGACAGACAUGAGGUGGGAAUGCAGGAGCAGAACAAGUCUUUGGGCAAGAACAUCGAGGAAAUAAAAGAUACAGAUGAUGGCGUGAAAAAGGAUAUUCGUGAGAAGGAGAGGAGCAAGAGAAAGAAACAGAAACGGAUUGAGGAACAGGAUCAUGUAGCAAGUGGAAAUCUUGAUAAGGAGUACAUGGAAUCUGAAGCUGAUGCUCGUUUUACGAAUGACAAUAUGGGGAGUGAAGAGAAGAAGCCCACAAAAGAUAGGAAGCGCAAGAAGGACAAGGCUGCAAGAGAUGGAAUUGAAGGAAAGGAUCGAAAAAAGAAAGCAAAAAGAGUAAGUUUUGCUGAAAAUGUUGAGGUUUUUCCUCCCUCAGAUGGUCCGAGCGAGGAAGAUAAUAGCAAGGAUGGAAACCUUGUGCGGGGUAAGAAAUUCUCGAAAGAAGAAGAUGAGCUAGUCAAAGAGGCUGUUUACAAUUAUAUAGAAGCUCAUAACUUAGGUGAAGAUGGCUUGAAGAUGGUACUCAACUGUGGAAGCCAUCCCGAGGCCAGAAAUUGUUGGAAGGAAAUAGGCGCAUAUUUACCUUGGAGGCCUAAUGAAAGCGUAUAUCAUCGUGCUCAUCUGCUAUUUGAAAGAAGCGAGAAUCAUACCUGGACUCCUGAAGAAUGCGAGCUUGUUCGCAAGUUAAAUUGGAGGACGUUGGCUGAUGCUCUUGGUAGACACAGGUUUCAUGUGAAGGAUACCUGGCGGAGAAUAAAAUUUCCAUAUAAGAAAGGGCCUUGGUCCCAGGAUGAGUACCGGCAACUAUUUGAUCUAGUAAACAUGGACCUACGAAUGAAAGCCGCCGAGGAGAGAAAGUCAAAGCAUGGCAUGCUUCUUGACAAUAUUGCCUGGGGGGCUAUAAGUGACAGUUUGAGCUCUCGCAAUCAUGCUGUUUGUUGUGAGAAGUGGUACAAGCAAUUAACAUCUCCUAUGGUAGCCGAAGGCACUUGGGCAGAUACCGAUGACUAUCGGUUGCUCAAUGCUCUUGUUGAUCUGGAUGCUUGCUCAAUUGAAGAUGUCGACUGGGACAAACUCAUUGAGAAUAGAUCUGUGGAUUUAUGUCAAAAGCGGUGGAAACAAAUGGUUAAACACAUUGGCAGUUACUGGAGCAAGUCAUUUCCUGAGCAGGUGGAAAUUCUUUCAGAACGAUAUUGCCCUGAUAUGCUGGAAGCAAGGGAAAUUUACGCUAACAAGCCUAGAGUUUUGUGACACCAACUUCCUUCGUGUGAGUAAAAGCUUUUGAGCAUUUCUAAGCUGCCUAAAUGAUGUGAUCUUGCGUCUUAUGGUUUAUCAAGUUCAUCUUCUUAGCAGCAUAGG